AUGAUGUCAGUGAAGCAAGGAUUCACCAAACAUGACGAUCUCGUAUUCCCUGAAGAAGCCAUCAAACUGCGAGGAUUUCGUGGACAGAAGGUGAAACUAGCAAAGCACUUUGGGUGA